AUGAUCCUGGCCGCAGGCCUUGGCAAGAGGAUGCGUCCUCUGACCGCGACCACGCCCAAGCCGCUGAUCGAAGUCAAUGGCCAGGCGCUGAUUGACCACGGUAUGGACCGGCUGGCCGCGGCAGGAGUGAGGACAUGCGUGGUCAACGUGCAUUACCUUGCCGAUCUUGUCGAAGUUCAUGUGCGCCGCCGCAGUGACAUGGAAAUCCUCAUCUCCGAUGAACGCGAGCAACUGCUGGAAACCGGGGGCGGCAUCAAGAAUGCGCUUCCGCUGCUUGGUGCAGAUCCGUUCUUCCAGUUGAACGCCGAUACCUGCUACUGGAUCGAAGGCGUCAAACCGAACCUGGAACACAUGGUUGAUGCCUGGGACGAGGACCGCAUGGAUGCCCUUCUCCUGGUCGCCGAAACCGUCAAGUCCGUCGGGUAUGCAGGUCGGGGAGACUUCGAAAUGUCGAAAGACGGCAGUCUUACCAGACGGUUGGAAAAAGGCGUGACACCCUUUGCCUAUGCGGGGGCGGCGAUCCUGCAUCCGCGAUUUUUCGAGGACGCACCGGAGGGACCGUUCUCGAUGAACAUCCUGUUUGACCGGGCAAUCGAAUCAGGGCGCCUGUUCGGUGUUCAGAUGGAAGGUCUGUGGCUUCACAUAGGCACACCGGAUGCAAUCCGUGCUGCGGAAUAUGCCGUUGGUGGCAGCGCUGCCUAG